ACCCAAACUGUUGAACGGGGAAGUUCAGCAAGGGGCACAGAAGAUAUUCGACUCUUUCUUGAGGUAGCACAUAGCGCCCUCCGCUUUCUCUCCAACCCCCAUACCAGCGCCGCCCAAGAUGUCUCUCUCCACAACGAAGUACUCGUGGAGGGCAAGGCGAGCGCAAGGGCAGCGAUCCUUAACAGGCCAUUUGCUCCGAAUGUUCUCACGACGAGCAUGGCGCUUAGGUUGAAGAAGCUGUACGAGUCGUGGGAAGAUAAUCCUGAUAUCGGGUUUGUCAUAAUGAAGUGCAGAGCAUUCUGUGCCAGGGGAGAUGUUGUCGCCCUCUACCGAUUGCUCAGUGAAGGGAAGGUGGAAGAUUGCAAGGAUUUUUUCAGGAACCUAUAUAUGUUCAUUUACAUUUUAGGCACAUAUUUGAAGCCUCAUGUGGCCAUUUUGGAUGGUAUUACCAUGGGGGGUGGAGCAGGAGUUUCAAUUCCUGGGACAUUUCGUAUUGCAACUGAUAAGACUGUCUUCGCCACUCCUGAAACUCAAAUUGGCUUGCAUCCUGAUGCUGGGGCUUCCUUUUACCUGUCACAUCUAACUGGUCAUGCAGGGGAAUAUCUGGCUUUAACUGGUGAAAGGCUCAAUGGGAUAGACAUGCUUGUAGUUGGCCUUGCUACGCAUUAUUCAAUGAGUGCUGUUUGCUUAAUUGAUGAUCCUUCUGUCAUAGGCUCUUCUCUUGCACAAUAUGGUGAUAUUGUGUAUCCAAAUAAAAAAAGUAUUUUGUUCAGGCUGGGGGUCAUCGAUAAGUGUUUUGGCCAUGAUAAAGUUGAAAUUGUGGAUGCUUUGGAAAGUGAGGCAGCUAGACCAAAUCAGGAUCGGUGUCCAUCUGCAGUCAAGAAACUCAAAGAAGCCUCUCCUUUGAGUUUAAAAGUUACCCUGAGAUCUAUACGGGAAGGUAGAUUUCAGACUCUGGAUGAAUGCCUUGUUCGUGAAUACAUGUCUCUUCAUGGUAUCUCAAAACAGUUUUCUUAAGAAUUCUGUGAGGGUGUUUGAGCACGAUUAGUUGAUGAAGACUUGGCUCCAAAGUGGGAUCCUCCGACUCUGGAGCAAGUUCCAGAUGACAUGGUUGACUACUUCUUCUCACCUCUUGGUGAGUUCGAGCCUGAACUAAAGCUACCCACCCAUUUGCGAGAAGCUUUUAUCUAAUUGUGGAUGGUGGACCUUGGCUCAUCAUACAUCUCCUAAGCAGAGAUGGGAGCAGAGAAUUUUUUUUUCCCCCAUGUCAGUUCAGAAAAUAUAUUGUAUUAUAACCUCGCUGCUGUGCUGAUGAAAAUAUAGAUCCUUGAGCUAUAGUUUGCAUCAGAGCAUCAUCGUUACUAGAUUUCAGCACGUGCAGUGACAUGGUCAUUUAUUGGAGAGGAGUGCAUGUUUGGGAGUGUAUUGGUAUGGGAUAUGUUGAUGCAUGGCUUGAGGGAGACAUCCAUAAGAAACCGAUGCGAGUCUCAAAGUAGGUAUUUUCUCUUCCUGUCUCGAGGUAAUGGAACUCGAAUGUUUCACGCGUAAUUGAGAACGAUCAGGUGUUAAAUACUUAUCCCGUGCUUUCUUCCACAGCUAGGCUUUGUUGUAGUAGGAGAAACUGCGAGGCGAUUUUUUUUGCAUUGAAAUAAAAAUUAUCUAUGGCCUCAUCCGCCGUGGUAAAGGA